UCUGCCUUGACUUGUGGGUGUUAAGAGCAUUAGUCAGUGCAAAGUAUUCAGUUAAAUGUUUUCAAUGAAAGGAUAUAAUGAUCUAACAUAGAGGAAGAAGUUAUAAAAAUCCUAGUUAAUGGCAUUAAUGGUGAGCCUUAUACUUAGGGGGUUCCUUCCGUGAUGAGUUAGAGAUUCACAAAAUGAAUGUAAAAGCAUUCUUACUCUUAAUUAAUGAGAGAGGAGAAAGACCAACAAUAAUAAGAAAAAAAGGACUUAAUUCUCAUCCAUACCAAGAAAAGUGUAAGCAUCCAAGUUCCCAGUGAUUCUAAUCCUGAUUCAUUACCUUGCAUAUGUCUUUAGUUAUCACAAGAAAUGUUAAAGAUUUCCAUGAGAUAUUAUCGAAAGGGACUCCUGGGCUGCAUCAUAAGCCUGAUGGAGAGCCUUAGCCUUGUAAUGAUCUCUUCUUGGAGGACCAUCAGGGAAUUCUUUGCAGCUCUAUCAGAGAGUCAGGGCUUUCCUGAGCAAACAAAGUAGGCCUUUACCUACAGAGCUGAUUUUAUGAAGAGUUUUGGUCAGCAUUAGUCACUGUGAAACUAUGAGCCUCCUGCCUUGGUUAAUCUCUACAGACAUCUCCCUACAGCAGAAGAUUGAAUCCUCAUCUCUCCAUGAGUCUGAACAUCUAAAGAUGUUAGAGCAGUUCCGCGGAGCAUCCUGGGGCCUCCAAGCCUCCGAUAAGCUCCUCCAGUAUGACAUCACGCAUCUUGCUACGCCAGCAACUCAUGCGUGAGCAGAUGCAGGAGCAGGAGCGAAGGGAGCAGCAGCAGAAGCUGCAGGCGGCCCAGUUCAUGCAACAGAGAGUGCCUGUGAAUCAGACACCAGCCAUAAACGUCAGUGUGCCCACCACCCUUCCCUCUGCCACCCAGGUGCCGAUGGAAGUCCUUAAGGUGCAGACCCACCUUGAAAACCCCACCAAGUACCACAUACAGCAAGCCCAGCGGCAGCAGGUAAAGCAGUACCUUUCUACCACUUUAGCAAAUAAACAUGCCAACCAAGUCCUGAGCUUGCCAUGUCCAAACCAGCCUGGCGAUCAUGUCAUGCCACCAGUGCCGGGGAGCAGCGCACCCAACAGCCCCAUGGCUAUGCUUACGCUUAACUCCAACUGUGAAAAAGAGGGAUUUUAUAAGUUUGAAGAGCAAAACAGGGCAGAGAGCGAGUGCCCAGGCAUGAACACGCAUUCACGAGCAUCCUGUAUGCAGAUGGAUGAUGUAAUUGAUGACAUCAUUAGUCUAGAAUCAAGUUAUAAUGAGGAAAUCUUGGGCUUGAUGGAUCCUGCUUUGCAAAUGGCGAAUACGUUACCUGUCUCAGGAAACUUGAUUGACCUUUAUGGAAACCAAGGUCUGCCUCCGCCAGGCCUCACCAUCAGCAACUCCUGUCCAGCCAACCUUCCCAACAUAAAAAGGGAGCUCACAGCGUGUAUUUUUCCCACAGAGUCUGAAGCAAGAGCACUGGCCAAAGAGAGGCAGAAAAAGGACAAUCACAACUUGAUUGAGCGAAGAAGAAGAUUUAACAUAAAUGACCGCAUUAAAGAACUAGGUACUUUGAUUCCCAAGUCAAAUGAUCCAGACAUGCGCUGGAACAAGGGAACCAUUUUAAAAGCAUCCGUGGACUAUAUCCGAAAGUUGCAACGAGAACAGCAACGCGCAAAAGAACUUGAAAAUCGACAGAAGAAACUGGAGCAUGCCAACCGGCAUUUGUUGCUCAGAAUACAGGAACUUGAAAUGCAGGCUCGAGCUCAUGGACUUUCCCUUAUUCCAACCACGGGUCUCUGCUCUCCAGAUUUGGUGAAUCGGAUCAUCAAGCAAGAACCCGUUCUUGAAAACUGCAGCCAAGACCUCCUUCAGCAUCAUGCAGACCUAACUUGUACAACAACUCUCGAUCUCACGGAUGGCACCAUCACCUUCAACAACAACCUUGGAACUGGGACCGAGGCCAACCAAGCCUAUAGCGUCCCCACGAAAAUGGGAUCCAAACUGGAAGACAUCCUGAUGGACGACACUCUUUCUCCUGUUGGCGUCACUGAUCCACUCCUUUCGUCAGUGUCCCCCGGAGCUUCCAAAACAAGCAGCCGGAGGAGCAGUAUGAGCAUGGAAGAGACGGAGCAUGCUUGUUAGCCAAUCCUCCCUGCACUGCAUUCGCACAAACUGCUUCCUUUCUUGAUUCAUAGAUUUAAUAAUUUACCUGAAGGGGUUUUCUUGAUAAUUUUCCUUUAAUAUGAAAUUUUUUUUCAUGCUUUAUCAAUAGCCCAGGAUAUAUUUUAUUUUUAGAAUUUUGUGAAACAGACUUGUAUAUUCUAUUUUACAACUACAAAUGCCUCCAAAGUAUUGUACAAAUAAGUGUGCAGUAUCUGUGAACUGAAUUCUCCACAGACUUUAGCUUUCUGAGCAAGAGGAUUUUGCAUCAGAGAAAUGUCUGUCCAUUUUUAUUCAGGGGAAACUUGAUUUGAGGUUUUUAUGCCUGUGACUUCCUUGGAAAUUAAAUGUAAAGUUUAAUUGAAAGAAUGUAAAGCAACCAAAAAGAAAAAAAAAAAGAAAGAGGAAAAGGAAUCCAUACUAACCCUUUUCCAUUUUAUAAAUGUAUUGAUUCAUUGGUACUGCCUUAAAGAUACAGUACCCCUCUAGCAUUGUUUCGUGUUUAUACUGCAGACUACUUAAAGAAAUACUGUAUUCUGUAAAACACACAAAAAAUGCAGCCUUUUCAUGAGAAUCAUCUGGUUAGAAAACAUAACUGAUACCAACCGAAAUUGAAGGGAGUUAGACCAAGGCUCUGACAUAUAAAGUCUAAUCUUGCUCUCUUUUAUUCUGUGCUGUUACAGUUUUCUUCAUCAAUGAGUGUGAUUCAGUUUUUCGUAAGAUAUAUUUUAUUUUGAAGUGGAAAUUAAUGUCCUCUCAAAGUAAAAUGUUGAGGAGCACUGAAAGUAUGUUUUACUCUUUUUUUUUUUUCAUUUUUGCUUUUGAUAAGAAAACCAAACUGAGCAUAUUUCUAAUUGGCUUUACUAUUUUUAUUUUUAAAUUAUGUUUUACUGUUCAUUUGCUUUGUACAGAUUCUUUAUUAUCAUUGUUCUUUUCAAUAUGUUUGUAUUAAUUUGUAAGAAUAUGCAUCUUAAAAUGGCAAGUUUUCAAUAUUUUUACAAUUCACUGGUAGUUUUCCGCAUUCUUUGUACACCCAUGAAAGAAAACUUUUAUGCAAGGUCUUGUGUUUAAAAGACAGCUUUGAGAAUAUUUUGUACAUUACAGUCUCACCCGGAACUGUUUUUAGACACAUUUUAAGGUGUAGUAUUAAUAGGUUAAAACCAGGCUUUCUAGAAAGAAUAAACUUACAUAUUUAUUUUUAGUGUAUGAAAAUAGCAAUAUUCUUGGAGACGGAUAACCAUAGCAUUAAUACGCCCAUUAUGGUCAUUUAAUUGGGGUUUAUUUCAGCAAAGUUGCUGAAUUUUGUUUUAAAGAAAGAAAUACUGUAUUGGCAAAUUACUGUUACUUGAUAACCAUGUUUUAACAAGGAGCAAUGUUGUAAAGUUAGUUUCAGUGCAUUAUCUACUUGUGUAGUCCUAUGCAAUAACAGUAGUGUCACAUGUAUCAAGCCUAAAUGUUUUAUACAGAUGCCAUAUAGUGUUAUGAGCCAGGCUGUUGAAUGGAAUUUCUCAGUAGCAGCCUACAAUUGAAUAGCAAGUGGCAUAAAGCAUAUCCAUUCAGAAUGAAGUGCCUUAAAUAUAGCAGUAGUCUUUUUUGGACUAGCACUGACUGAACUGUAAUGUAGGGGAAAGUUUCAAGAUGGUAUCUAUAGUCAAGAGGAACAUGUAGCAUGGUGCCUAUGUAGACAAUAUAAGAGCUUCCAAUUUUCCUUCAGAUAUUUUUAAUAUUAAAUAUAUUUUAGUGACAGAGUGCCAACUUCUUUCAUCAGGAAACCUUAUUCAGGAGGGUUUUUUUUUAAAGUGUUUAAAUGUCAAAUGUGAAUUGGUGAUGGGUGAUGGAGGGUUCAUAGAGAAGGAGUGAUCGUCAGAUGUGUGAAUGAAUGGUUUAGGUAAAAAUAAUCAACUGCAUAGUUCCCAUGCACGCUGGGCAAUGAGAAUCCUUGGAAACAUUGGUGAUGCUAUCAGUUUUAUAGCUUUAUUACUUAAGGGGGUAGGGAAAAUUACUUCCCAUUCUUUCAACCCCCUUAACUGUAUAGCUCUUUUCCUAGAAUAGUGAUGCAAAUCUGCAUGAACAGCUAAUUGUACCAUAGUAUUCACUGAUACAAUCAUAGCAUUGUCUAUUUUUCUCUUCAUAUUUAUAUGGGGGGGCGGGCGCUGGAUGCAAAAGUUGAAGGUCGUGAUGCUAUGAUAUUAGUUUUCCUUAGCUGAUUUUGAGGGUUUUUAAAAAUAAAGCAAGGUUGACUAACCUAUGGCCAAGGGAACAGGACCAUGGUUAAGCAACCAUGUAGAAAGCUUUGUUGAAAGAAAGUAUGGCAUCUUGUACCACUACCCUGACUGUCGCAACUCCUGACUUUGCCAUUGCCUGCCUCCCCGUCCCCUUCUCCUUAAGAGACAAUUUCUGCAGGUGGCAGGUGAGCAAGCCCAGGAGAAUGCUGCAAUCUUGGGGGUGGUUUUAUUUAUUUCUUUUUGCCAAAUAGAGUGUGGAUUCGUUUUAAGGACUAGUUAAGCCAAGAGGCAGUGGUUUGGGCUUGUCGUUUGUAACGAGAAAAUGAUCCACACCACUCCCCCUAUCCUCGGGUGCAGAAUUGUGACUCGAGGUUGGACCUCCAUAUGGAGGGACCAAAAUGCCAAAAUUGUCCGUCUGCCUCUGGGUAGGGCAAUGGAAAUACCAAAUCUUCUGACUUUGCCAAAAAGCAUACAAGCAACCUGGUCAUAUAUAGGAUGACAAAAUUCUUUCUGAUUGUUUUUAAACAAUAAAGCAAUAAGAACAAAUACAAUACACAGGAAGUUAAAAGAUAUAAAGCACAAAGGAAUGCACUUAUUAAUAUUUUUGAAAAAUGCACUGGGAAAAAGUUGAUGUCAAUAACAGUAGAAAAAAGCCCUAUUUCUUGAUAAAUGACAAAUGACUGUCUCUUGCGGAUGCUUGGUACUGUAAUGUUAGUAAUAGUCACCUGCUGUUGGAUGCAGCAGUAAUUUCUGUGUGGUCCAUAGCACUGUAUAUUAUGGAUCGAUAUUAAUGUAUCCAAUGAAAUAAUCGACUUGUUCUUGAUAGCCUCAUUAAAGCAUUUGGUUUUUCACAUA